GAAGUGGCGGCAGCGGCGACUGUCGCCGCUGCAGAUGCCGAUGCGGAUGCUGAGACCGGCGGGGGCCCCGAAGGGAACCCAGACUUUCCCAUGGCCUCGCUGUACGUGGGAGACCUGCACCCUGAGGUGACCGAGGCAAUGCUGUAUGAGAAAUUCAGCCCAGCCGGGCCCAUCCUCUCCAUCCGCAUUUGCAGGGACAAAAUCACCCGCCGCUCCUUGGGCUACGCGUAUGUCAACUACCAGCAACCGGUGGACGCCAAGCGGGCCCUAGAGACCCUGAACUUUGAUGUCAUAAAGGGCAGGCCAGUGCGCAUCAUGUGGUCCCAGAGAGACCCGUCGCUCCGCAAGAGUGGGGUGGGCAACGUCUUCAUCAAGAACCUGGGCAAGACCAUCGACAACAAGGCGCUGUACAACAUCUUCUCGGCGUUCGGCAACAUCCUCUCCUGCAAAGUGGCCUGUGACGAAAAGGGUCCCAAGGGCUAUGGGUUCGUGCACUUCCAGAAGCAGGAGUCCGCCGAGCGGGCCAUCGAUGCGAUGAAUGGCAUGUUCCUGAACUACCGCAAAAUUUUCGUCGGGAGAUUCAAGUCGCACAAAGAACGAGAGGCCGAAAGGGGAGCCUGGGCCAGGCAGUCCACCAGUGCUGACGUCAAGGAUUUCGAGGAAGACACCGACGAGGAGGCCACCUUGCGAUGA